UUUGGUCCUGCACGGGAACCAUAGCCAGCCAAAACACAACAGAAGAUGGCUUCAACUGAGACCCAACCACGGUUCGGCCAGUCGGUCAAAGGUUUAUUAUCCGACAAGGUGGGCUCCUGUAGCGGGGAUGUGAUCGCAAUGACACGCCAAGUGUUGAAGGGAUCCCGUAGUCAGGAGCUUCUUGGUCAAGCUGCAAGAAACAUGGUGAUUCAGGAAGACGCCAUUCUGCACUCUGAAGAUAGCCUGAGGAAAAUGUCUAUAAUCACCACACAUUUACAAUACCAGCAGGAGGCCAUCCAGAAGAAUGUGGAGCACUCUAAAAACCUGCAGGACCAGCUGAGACACUUGUUGAAGUGACGGAGCAACAUGCAGCUCAAACCCUCAUUAGGAGGAGGCUCGACUGUUUACAGACUCUUUCUUAGCUGGACUUUAAGCGUCUUUAGCGGUUUAAAGUUGGACCACAAGGAAAACCCGCCAAAGUUAUGCUUUACAUCAGUCUGCUGGCCGGCACAAUGGGACGCUGCCGUUAUGCUUGGUGCCAGCGCAAUUUCUAUACUUGGCUCUGCAAAGCAAGGACCAUUGAAACUUUUUUUUUUUUUUUGAGUUUAGUAAAAUAAUGUUGACAUUGUUUUCCAUUUAUUUAUUAAAAAAAACAUUGUCUGCAUCAUCUUUGCUUCUCAUAGUGCCACCCUAAAACAAAUGAAUAGUACAUAACUGUGUGAGAAGUCAACUUUCUUUUGAAUGCCUGACUUUUUUCUUAUAUCAUUUGCAUGGGAGUAGAUAAUAUAUAUUGGCUUACACAGAACCCUUGAUGGUAAAGAUACUAAUAUGUGUUAAUAAAACAGUCGUGGAAGUACGUACAUGGAUGCAUGCAUGGAAAAGUUUGUUUCCGGAUUCCAUCGCAUUUUAAAUUUGAGUCUACUGUAAAUCAGGGAGAUACAGUAUGUCCCUCGUCUUUAAUCUUUUGGAGGUGAUGAAUUGAGAAAAGUUCUUGCAGGGACACAAGAGUCCACGGCCCCUGUGGUUCAAGGACGGAGCAGAUCUUGGCAGUACAACAUGUAAAUACCUUAGAGCACUCAGUGUUAAACCACCUUAUUUGAUGAUUUCAGCCUUGUGUGUGGCGUUUGGCAAGAUUCCAUCCAGUUGAUCCAAUUGUACUUUCUUACAAAUAUAGUUUAACUUGCAUUUAGGUGAUACAUCAAUAAAUGACAAUGAAAGAUUACAA